CCCCCUUUCCCUUUUGUUCUGCCUGCUGCUCCCCUGCUUUUUACUGGUUCUCCUCUCUCACUCUUUCUUUCCCUUUUCGAUUUCUCUCACCCUUCAGUUUGCACCUCUUCCAUGGCUGUAGAUGAUAAUCACCACCAUCAUUGAUCAAGCCUUUUAAGUUUUAAACCUUUAGUUCCAGCCCCAAAUUAUGGCUGCUUCUUCUUCUUCCAACCAGUUUGUUCUUCCUCUGUUUUUCUUCUUCAUCAUCAUUUCCCCUGUUUUCCUCCCACUCUGUUCCUCCUACGAGCCUCGCAACCACGAAGUGGAAGCUCUGAUAAGCAUAAGGGAAGGACUGAACGAUCCCCAUGGAGUUUUCAAGAACUGGGAUGAAGACUCUGUCGACCCUUGCAGCUGGGCGCUGGUCACUUGCUCCCCUGAUAAUCUCGUCAUUGGCUUGGGAGCUCCCAGUCAAUCUCUGUCCGGAGCUCUGUCUCCUGCUAUAGGGAAUCUCACCAAUCUCCGCCAAGUGUUGUUGCAGAACAACAACAUCUCGGGCAAAAUUCCUCCAGAAAUGGGUACUCUGCCGAAACUCCAAACGUUGGACCUUUCCAGUAACCGGUUUUCUGGGUCGGUCCCUGAUUCUUUCGGUCAAUUAGUUGCCCUGGAAUACCUGAGGCUGAACAACAAUAGCUUGUCUGGCUCUUUCCCACUGUCCUUAGCCAAAAUCCCACGGCUUGCUUUCUUGGACUUGUCUUAUAACAAUCUCACUGGACCAGUUCCCAAGUUCCCCACAAGAACAUUCAAUGUGGUUGGUAACCCAUUGAUAUGUGGAAAGAGCAGCAGCAGCAGCAGCUCUAGUGGUGGGGAUGGAUGUUUUGGUUCAACCAGUUCUGGUCCUCUUCCUUUCUCUCUUGGUUCAUCUCCUGGGAAGCACAAGUCCAAAAACAUUGCCAUUGCUGUUGGAGUCAGUUUCAGCAUUGUCACUUUCUUGAUUCUGGCUGUUGGAGUACUUUGGUAUAGAAGGAGACAUAGAAGCUGCCAAACUGUGCUCAACAUUAAUGACAGACAAGAAGAGGGGCUAAUAAGCCUAGGCAACCUGAGAAGCUUCACAUUCAGGGAGCUCCAGCUAGCUACCGAUAACUUCAGCUCGAAGAACAUACUUGGAUGUGGAGGGUUUGGCAAUGUCUACAAGGGUAAGUUGGGGAAUGGGACAUUGGUGGCAGUGAAGCGACUCAAGGAUGUGACUGGUAGCGCGGGCGAAUCACAGUUCAGGACGGAGUUGGAGAUGAUCAGCCUUGCAGUUCACCGGAAUUUGCUCAGGUUGGAAGGCUAUUGUGCUACAAGUAAUGAGAGGCUGUUGGUCUAUCCUCACAUGGCUAAUGGCAGUGUGGCCUCAAGGCUUAGAGCCAAGCCAGCAUUGGAUUGGAAUACAAGGAAGAGGAUAGCAAUAGGGGCAGCCAGGGGACUUCUCUACCUCCAUGAACAAUGUGACCCUAAGAUCAUCCACAGAGAUGUGAAGGCUGCCAAUGUGCUCCUUGACGACGACUACGAGGCUGUGGUGGGAGAUUUCGGCCUUGCAAAGCUUCUCGAUCAUGCUGACUCACAUGUCACGACUGCUGUACGUGGCACGGUGGGCCACAUUGCUCCUGAGUACCUCUCCACUGGCCAGUCCUCGGAGAAGACUGACGUGUUUGGGUUUGGUAUCCUUCUGAUAGAGCUCAUCACAGGGAUGAGAGCCCUUGAGUUCGGGAAGAGUAUCAAUCAAAAGGGAGCUAUGCUUGAAUGGGUGAAGAAGAUCCAGCGAGAAAAGAGAGUGGAAGAGUUAGUGGAUAGAGAGCUUGGAAUCAGCUACGAUCGGAUCGAAGUUGGUGAGAUGCUACAAGUAGCCCUUCUAUGCACUCAAUACCUCCCAGCCCACCGUCCGAAAAUGUCUGAAGUGGUCCGCAUGCUUGAAGGCGACGGCCUAGCUGAGAAAUGGGCAGCUUCACACAGCAUUCUUCUAACCACUGAUCAUCAUCUUCCCACCAUGAAUUUCAACCACAACAAGAGGCCCACGAGAACAUUAUCAUCAUCAUCGAAGAAGCACGACGAAAAUGGAUCGAGCAAUGAUCGUUCGAGCAGUUGUAUGCUUGGUGGCAUGGCCAUGGCUGAUGAUGACUAUGAUGACGAUGAUGAUGAACAUUCCUUGGAUUCCUAUGCCAUGGAGCUCUCUGGUCCCAGGUAGAUAGAUCAAAGUUACAAAGAACAUGAUGACUGCAUAUGUGUUUCUCUUCAUUCUUCCAGCUCUUAGUCUUUGGGAUUGAUCAAUUCUUUUACUACAAAGAUCAGAUCAUUCUUGCUUAACUAGAUGAAAUUGUAUGAUAUGUAGUGUGGGGUUUGGUUUUAUAUUGUAAAUAUGUCAUAUUUUGCGUGUGUGUGGUGGGGAAAUGCAAGAACAUCAUUGGCUAGUGGUUAUUAGUACUUGGUACAAUAUUUUCUGUCGUUCUUUUUGACUGAGAAGAGGUUUCAAAUGUUUGUUGGGAGUACACUGUUCUCUUGUUUUCUGCCUUUCUUUCAUCAGCAAAAGCCCUUCUCAGAGAUUCCACUAGUCAAAAGGGGUUCUCAUGACUAUAAGGCUAAGCUGUUAUGGGUCGUUUUCUCUGUUGCUUCUGCAGGCUUGCCAAUGCAAAGUGUGGACCAGUCUGUAAUUUUUGGUUGGACCUAUUAAUCAGUUGGCCAAUUUUGGUAGAUCUCAGUCACAGAAAUAAGAUUAAGGAUUCUAGUAGGUGAAAAGGUAUAUGUAAAAUUUGUAACAAACAUGGAAAAUAAACUUUAGAAAAUUUGUAACAAACUUGGCAUAGUGGUUAAUCCAAGAAACCAGUCAUGAUUAGAGGAUUAAUCGCAGCUGAAAAAGUUUUUCUGCCUCUGCAAUUCACAAAUCAAUCCACCAGCAAGGU